UUACGCCAAUCGUCAACAUCCGGCCUUCCCGCAUACUCUUGUUGCGUAAGUGAUCCGUGGACACAGAGACAUCAUGGCGGACGUGCUGGAUCUUCACGAAGCGGGAGGAGAGGACUUUCCUAUGGAUGAGGAUGAAAGCAUCCACAAGCUGAAGGAGAAAGCCAAGAAGAGGAAAGGACGAGGCUUCGGUUCAGAGGAAGGAGCCAGGUCCAGAAUCAAAGAGGACUAUGAUACCGUGGAACAGGAUGGGGAUGAGCCGGGUCCUCAGAGAUCUGUGGAGGGAUGGAUCCUGUUUGUGACAGGUGUACACGAAGAGGCCACUGAGGAAGACAUCCAUGACAAAUUUUCCGAGUUUGGAGAAAUCAAGAAUCUGCACCUCAACCUUGACCGCAGGACAGGCUACCUCAAGGGGUACGCACUGGUUGAGUAUGAGACUUACAAAGAGGCCCAGGCAGCCAUGGAAGGGCUCAACGCUCAAGACAUGAUGGGCCAACCUAUCAGUGUCGACUGGGGAUUCGUCAGAGGGCCCCCGAAGAAUAAGAGGAGGACUGGUGGACGGAGACGCAGCAGAAGUCCAGACAGGAGGCGGCGUUGAGUUUGGCAGGUGUCGUCGGCCGAAGAGGGCGUCUGCUGUCACUCUGACAGGCGGUUUAUAAUCUGCUCAUCUUCUCAUACGAUGCUAGUUGUCAGAAUUUUUGUACGAUAUUUACAGUAACAUUUGCGAUUUCCAACACUUUUGAGGCAAGGACUUGCUCUUCAGAGAUGAAUAAACUGUCUGAUGGCAUCAUUUGCAUUUCAUUGUAUUGUAAAUCCAUUCAGUUCCAUAACUGUUUUUACUUUCGACGACCAGCUCGUCGGUUAACGCGUCUGUGGGUUUUUCAUGACUCGCUCAAGAUCUUUCAGUUUGCCUAAUUGUGACGUGCAUUUUUAUUCUGCUUGGGGGUGUUUUUGUUUUAUAUCACUUUGAGAAAAUUAAAGUUGUUAAAAAUAAAAAAUAAAAAAAACAAAA